AGUGCACAUAUGCGUGGUGGCAUCGAGUGCGUGCAUAGAUUUUCUAAACAGCAACCAUCGAAUCAACCAACAACUAACAUUGGAAGUGAUCCAUUGGCAAACCCGAGUGUUGACAAAAUCUAGCAACACCAGCGCUGGUGAAACGAUAAUAUUUUGAUGUAAAAAAAAAUUGGUAGGACCCAAACGUGUAUAAUGCGUGAUAUAUCCUGCGUUGAUGAGGCGCGCAAUACCAACAUUUAUAUUGCUUAAUGUUGAGAGAGAGAGAGAGAGAGAGAGAGAGAGAGAGAGAGAGAGAGAGAGACCAAAAUCAUAAUUUUCGAACAGAAAAAAACCGAAAAAGAAACGAAGAAAAAGAAAAACAUUAUAAUUUUAGUUUUGCACAUGAAACGAGCAGCAAAUCAAACCGGUCGACCGGCAAAGACACAUCAUUUCAUUACGUGUGAGUGAGUGAGUGUGUAUGUGUUUAUAUGAUUUCAUGUGUGCCGAAGUAAACGAACCUAGUAGCUUCGACUACGUGCACUGUUCGAAUAUCGCAAAGAAUAAUAAUGAGUACACGACAAAUGUUUUCUACGAAUGCAUAUAGCAUACAGUAUAUAGUCAAUCGUCAUCGUCAUCGUCGUCAUUAAAAUCUAAAACCAUCAGUCCUUAUGCUGUCGCGAUCACGUUGUUGUUGGUCGCCGUCGUCGUCGCAGUCGUCGCAGUCGUCGUAACUUUUUCGGAUUGAGGCUUUUAAAUAUGCUAAAGUCGUCGUUCGUUUUAUUUAUGUCGUUUUUCUCCUGUUUUUUCGCUUCAUUCUUGAUUACUGGCUCAGUCACUGUGUGUGAGUGUUUGUGUGCUCUAUUCAUUGUAUGUUGCGAAUUGAGCCGUUUUUUUCAGCACUCAUUUUAUUUUCAGUUUUUUUUCUCUUCUUCCUUUUCAUUUUAUUUUUUGUUUCGAUACAAAUGCAUAGCAAUAUCUAGUUAGUCGCUCAUUUUUAAAUUUUCUCCGCUUGCUUCGACGUGUUAGACGUCAAUUAAAAAGCGACGACUCUAUGCCAACAUUUUUUGCUGAUUUUUUUUGUUGGACUCUUUCUUUUCAUUUUUCAAUUCGUUCAAUUCUCGAUUCGCACUGCCAUUCAUAUUAAGUGCCUGAAAACACUUUUUGUCGCUUUGUUUUGAUUAUUUUUUUCUAUUCGGCAUUUUUCGUAGUCGUUGUCGUUGUUGGCCAUACGAUGAGUGGUUGAGUCAUGCAUACAAUGAAAUCAUGUGUGAGUAUAUGUUUGAUUAUUUGUUGUUGUUGUUCUUUCAUUUCAAUUGGCACUGACAAAAAUAGUCGACGCGAUAGCGCUUAUGCAGAUGAAGGCGGUUAAAUGGGCGAUGUUAACAGCGACAAAAUCAAUGUGGUGACAAACACACAACAAGGGAUCCACGUAUGAAUUCGACUACGUGUUUAUUAUUCACGAUUUUCCAUCGUCUUUCUCUCUUUCUCUGUUCCUUUCCUCGUCAACAAUUGAAUGUGUUGUCGUUCGUUGUUUUGGGCUGUUGGUGAGGUCGGAUAUUUAUUUUCUUCUGAUUAUUAUUCGUUCGACUUUGGAUUCGAGGUGGAUGUGUAAUGCACGUCGCGUUUAACUGUUGUACAGCGAAAUCGAAUCGGCGGCAACGACUCACACUCAUUUGUAUGUUCAAUUCGUUGGAAGCAGAAAUCGAAGAAAGCAAAAGAAACACGAACACCGUGCUCAUACGAAAGCAAAAAUCCACCAUCACAUGCAAACAACAUAUAGGUAUAUGUAUAAUGUAUAUAUAUCCGAAUGGCAAUAUUAACGAGUUAGAGACACGUAACUCUCCUACACAUUGAACAUUUCUCAAAUGAAUACGCUUUGCGUAAAACGGUUAGAUUGAUUGUAUUGUGUAUACACAUCAGCAUAUUAAAAUUGAAAAGAAAGCAGAAAAACACACAUAUAUGUGUCUUUUUUUAUACAUAAAUAAGAAUCUACGUUCGACAUCACGCGAACAGCUAGAGCAUUUAUAAGUAUACAACGACCGGAGCGGGCAAUCGAAGCAGACCUUGAAAUGAAUCUUAUGCGUAUCUGCGUUCUCGAGUCAACGCGGGUAUGAAGUCACGAUCAAAACAUUUAUCAUCUUUUUUUCCUUCUUUCAUAACACUAACACUCGCUCAUUCCCUUUUUGCCAAUUUCCCCAACCGUUUUUUUUUUUUACGUUUUUAUUGCUCGUAUAUCGCGUUGGUUCGCAUCAUGUACGUUGCCUGUGUGUGCACGUUUGUUAUACUUUUUAUACAAUUUCGAUACUUUCUUAGUUCAAAUCUUUGUGGCAUGAGUCUUUGCAUGCUCACUUCGAUUGGCCCCAUUAUUAGCGGCAAUGGUUUUUCUUGCCGUGCGUUUCAAGAAUUUUCUCCACAUUUUUAGAUUCAUUUCCUUUGUAAUGUUCACUUAUCGUAAUUACUUGUUUGUGGAACAUUUCUCUAUCUUACAUUUCCCGUCUCGACAUUGUUUUCUGCGUCUCAAUUAUGGAAUUUCUCUGUUCAUUAUGUCGUUACACAAUUGACAAUCCGCUUUUAUUUAUCGUUAUCAUUAUUUUAAUGGACGCUCAUUUUCCUCUAUCAUUUUUGUCUUCGCUUAAUUGAUCAUUUCCAUUCAUGGGAUCACACAAUAGUUCCACAUCUUUAAUUAAAAAUGAACAAAUCUUAUUAAAAAUCGUCUAUUCGUGAAUUGUAACAAUACAUUACAACUGUAAUUGAUGUCGAGAAUUUGUUUGAACGGAACUUUCUUGGAAAGUUUGCAAUUGGAAAAGUCUCUUGACGCCGAUUUUUUUUUUUUUCAAUAGGGAAGCUAACGAAACAACACCAUCGAUAUUCAAAAUACAAUCUUCGUUUCAGUUCACUAUUGUGGCAUAACUAUUGAAACCGUGGAAAUGGCACAUGAAUGAAAUCGUAUUUAAAAUGAAGAACAUGAAAGACGAAUCAAAUAACAAUUUCAAUUUCAAAUUGAGUUUUCUCGUUAAUUUUCAAAUUUGGCGGCAUUCCAUUAUUUGAGCAAAUGUCAGUGCACUUCAUAUCACAUGUAUUGAAAUGUCAUUCUGAGGGAACAGUGCUACCAAUCGAUAAAUCGUCACUGUAAUAAUACAUUGUCGCCGAACUUUGACAGACGAGUGCAUUUUGGAGCCAAUCGUCGAUGUGAAAUAGUUUGAUUGUCAAUCGAAAGCACUUUUUAAACUAAAAUUGUUCAUUAAAAAUUGAAAAGAAAAACACUACAAUAAAUCUCGUCGACGCUAAUUCAACUGAAAUCCCAAAAGGCAGUUUGUAAUUUGCCGCACAAAAGUGUGCAGAAGCAGAAAUGACCAGUUUAUUCGCAUCAACACCCGCUUCACAAGAGACAGCAUCAUUGUUUAUCAAUGAAAAGAUCGCCAGUGCCCGAAACAAUAUUAUCGAUUGGCUAAACGAAUGUAGCGAAGGUGGCAAAAAGCCUGCUGAAAGAUGUGAAGCCAUAAAAAAGAUUCAAGAGUUGAUUAUUCAUUCAGAUGAGGAAUUGUUGGAAGAAUUCUUAGAGAAUAUUCUUGCAUUUAGUCAUGAUCCCGUGCAGGAAGUACGGCGUUGUGUCGUCGGAUUCAUCGAAGAGAUAUCUAAAACACACAUUAGUUUUGUACCACGAACGAUAAGCGUUUUGGCCGGUUUACUGCGUGACCAAUCACCACAAGUGAUAAAACGUGUAAUUCAAGGAUUAGCCGCCGUUUACAAGAAUUUUCUGCAAUGGAUUUGUACAUUGGGCGACAUAUCAGAGGAAACAGAACAAUCAUGGAACACAAUCUGUAUUAUGAAGGCCGAAAUUGUCGAUAUGAUUGAUCACAUAAACGAUGGAGUUCGAACCAAUGCCAUUAAAUUCCUUGAAGGUGUUGUUAUUCUGCAGACGUAUACUGACGAAGACAGUAUGAAACGAGAAAAUGAUUUUUCUCUCGAUAACAUCCCAUUGACAAUGAAAAUCGUUCGACGUCGCAAACUUGAAGAUGAAGCAGUUAGUAUUUUUGAAGCUCUAUUGAAAUUUCACGCCGCAUCACAUAUUUCAUCAGUCAAUUUAAUCGCAUGCACCGGUACAUUGUGUACGAUAGCCAAAAUGCGGCCAACAUUUCUACAGCCAGUGAUACAAGCCCUUAAAAAUCUCCACUCCAAUUUACCGCCCACUUUGACUGACUCACAAAUGAUAUCGGUGCGAAAGCAUCUGAAAAUGCAAUUGCUAAAUAUACUCAAGCAACCGUCAGCCUUCGAAAUGCAAUCGACAAUAUCGCAUAUUUUAGUCGAUUUGGGCGCCACAAAUUCGGAAAUUCAGAAAGCCAUUCCGAAGUUGGAUAAAAAAGAGCAAGCGCGUCGUGCGAAACGGGCUUUGGAAAGUGCAGCUGAAAGUGCUGCCAAACGUAUUAAAGUGGAAAAAAUUGAGAAACCAGUGCGACGCGAAAUGGAAAUCGAUCAAUUUGAAGUUGAGGAACAAAAGCGUCGUUCGAACAAAUUAAACGAAUCCUUCCUAAUGGAUCACCUGAAAUCAAAGGAAGUCGUUGCUGAUUUAGUUAUGGAGUCGAUGCAGAAUUUGCCCGAUGAAAUGCCAGCCCAUUUUUUGCGCAAUUACGUGGCUGAUCCCAGCCUUACCAUACAACAACGAACCCAGAAAAUCUCUAAACAACUCGCUGAAUUGAUGACAGCCGAACGAUUGGGCCCAGGCGCUGCUGAAAUAUCCAAAGAUCCACCGAUGCGCAUAAAAAGUAGUCCUGAGGAAGAGCGUCGAAUUUUAAUGGGCAUCCGAAAAGAUCCAAUUCAAAUAGACGAGGCAAUGAGCAUCGACGACGACUUCGAAGAUAGUUCGGCCACGCCCGAGCAACGAAAAGAGGAAGCCACGAAAAAGUUGCGCGAGACUAUCGAAAGAGCGAAAAAUGAACAGGCGAUUAUUCCGAGAUUGAAGCAAAAAGCGAAAGCGUUAAAGUUGGAAGAAAUUACAAAGCCACUGCCUCGUGCAAAGAAAGAGGUACUAUUGUUGCAAUCCGUCACUCGCAUACUUAAUGCAGAGAAACGCUGCGCGGCCGGAGGCAUAACAAAUCAAAGGAAACGGAUUCUAACCAUUUUGGCCGCAACAUUCACACCCGAUGUGAGGGACACCAUCUUGAAAUAUGUCAAGGAAGAUCUUGUGAAUCGGUUCGAUCUGGCUGAGAUGUGGUUAUUUGAAGAGUACAGUUUGUUCCAAGGUUUCACCCGGCAUUCAUACAUCAAAAGUGAAAAAAAGCCCGACUACGCAUACAAUAAGUUGCUUGGCGAUUUGAUUUCGACCGUUCUGGGAACCGACAACGAGAAAUUCGAUCAAGAAAAGUACAUUCGACGCAUCUAUUUGGGAGCACCAUUUAUAUCAGAGGAUGCAUUUACGAAUCUGGUAUGCAGCUGCGAAGUUGCCAGUUUGUCCAGGUGUGCAAUGGAAAUUGUACGCGAUUUGGCUGUGUCACGACCCCCAAAGCGGAUGCGAUUUCUGAAUGUUUUGCUUCGUUUUUCGGUGCAUGAAAAUUACGAUCUGCGUGAAAAGGCGCAACAGAACUUGAUGAGCAUCUACGCACAGCACAAACUGUGUCGCGAUGAAAUUGAAGAGUUUGCGCUUCGUUGGCUCAACUACUUGGAGAAAGAGACACCGCCGAAUGAGGUAUUCAACAAUGAUUACGGAAGAACCGAAACGGCUGUUGUGUGGACUGAGUCAUUAUCGAAAAUAUGUUUGUCAUUAUUUCUACACGUUUUGCAAAACAACGACAAACUUUUGACGAAUUUGUGCGACAUUUAUGUGAAGACGUCGCCAGACAUGAAAAGAACGAUAUUGCGAUCCAUUGAUGUUGCCAUUAAAAAAAUGGGCGCAGAAAAUCCGCAAAUUUUGAAAAUGAUUGAAGAUGGUGUUAAGGGAACUGAAACGCUCAUAACUCGAAUUAUUUACAUUCUCACCGAGCGAAUGCCACUUCAUCCAGAAUUAGUUCGUCGUGUACGUGAUCUUUAUCAUAACAAAGUGUCUGAUGUUCGCCUAUUGAUUCCAAUAGUUGCAGGAUUGACGAAACAAGAAAUCCUUACCAUGCUUCCGAAAGUGUUGCGCUUGAAUCCGGUCGUUGUGAAAGAAGUAUUCAAUCGAUUGUUGGCCAUUGGCCCUGAAUUUGAACACAUUAAAAAUCUACCCAUGAUGCCGAGUGAACUGCUUGUUGCAUUGCACACACUUGAUCCGGCCAAGGUUGAACUAAAAUUGGUGGUCAAAGCGACUUCACUAUGCUUAGAUCGAAAAGAGCGUUAUACUCAAGAUGUGUUAGCCAUUGUUUUGCAACAGCUCGUCGAUAUUACACCAUUGCCAACACUUUUGAUGCGAACAAUUCUUCAGUCGCUCUCGUUAUACCCGAAACUCAGUAAUUUCGUGAGCAAUCUAUUGCAACGCCUCAUACCGAAGCAAGUGUGGAAGCAAAAGGUCGUUUGGGAAGGAUUUUUGAAAUGUUGUCAACGACUGAAACCAGCGAGUUUUCCCGUACUCCUCUCAUUGCCACCGGCCCAACUGAGAGACGCUUUGAACCAGUGCCCAGAACUGCGACAACCUCUACUCGAGCAUGCUAAUGAAGUUAUUGAAAAACAAAAUGUACCCGUUUCAAAAAUGGUCAUGGAUGUUUUACUCGGCAAAACAGAAGAUGUUUUCAUUACGGAAGCGCCAGAGAAUCUUGGAAUGAUUCCAUUGGAAAAUAUUAAAAAAGAACGAGAUGAUGCAGCAAAAAGUUCCGAUUCGACGCAACAACAACAAAAUCAACCGCUACCACCUGGUGAAGAUCGGUAGUUCGUCAAUUGUGUUUGAAAGCAGUUACAUCAACAAUAUUUACUUUAUAUUUUCAACCAUUUUUCAUGUUUUUUAAUUACAAAAUACACGUUAUGAACAAUUUAAUAAAAUAGAUACCGUAAAUUGAAAUUAAA